UCCAAACAGGGCAGGGCUGACAACAUGUCAGUACCCCGCAUUCACUAUAUCCGCUCUCUCCCCGGACCCGCAUUCACUAUACCCGGUCUCCCCGGACCCCUGCAUUCACUAUAUCGCUCUCCCCGGACCCUGCAUUCACUAUAUCUGGUCUCCCGGACCCCGCAUUCACUAUAUCUGCUCUCCCCGGACCCGCAUUCACUAUAUCCGGUCUCCCCGGACCCUGCAUUCACUAUAUCCCGCUCUCCCCGGACCCUGCAUUCACUUAUAUCCGCUCUCCCCGACCCCGCAUUCACUAUAUCCGCUCUCCCCAGGCCACGGCAUUCACUAUAUCUGGGUCUCCCCGGACCCCGCAUUCACUAUAUCUGGUCUCUCCGGACCCUGCAUUCACUAUAUCUGGUAUCCCUGGACCCUGCAGUCCCUAUAUCCGCUCGCCCUGGACCCUGCAUUCACUAUAUCUGCUCUCCCCGGACCCUGCAUUCACUAUAUCCGGUCUCCCACAGUACACACAACAUGGAAAUGCAAUUAUUUUAUUAAAUAUAAACUGCUAAAUACUUUUUCUCAUCAGCAGAGUAUUUAACAGUCUUGUGACUUCUAUCAGUGUCCAGCAGAGCACUGAUUUUCAUUCUGCUUUAGGAGGAUGCAGAACCCCUGACCUCUGUCUGGACAGUGCUGAUUGGCCCUGAUCACAUGCACUCUCCCAAGAAAAAUAAAAACCUCUCUAGAAAUACACACCAACUGAGUAUGUGCAGAGUGACUCCACACAAAAUGUGUCUUAUCUGGAGAUAAGAGGGGGGACACUGGAAGAAGGGGAGGAUCAGAGAAGACAGGAUCAAACAGCCUUUUUUUCACACUGCAGAGGAUUAA